UUGGUUAAAAGAAGCCAAACCCUGAGUCUGGGAGGAAGACGGGGGCCAAAUGGGGCCCAGAGCUUGAUUUGGAGGAAGGAGUUGAAUCAGUACCAGCUUGUGCAUCACAUGUAAAUGUUUCCCAAGCAAUCGCUUCAACACUCACGUGUCUGUUCAGGACUGAAUAAGUAGAAGAGUCGACGCCGAGCUGCUCGACAACGCGUCAACAUAAAAAUAGCAAAUGACAUAAGCGGACAAUAUGUCAAUGUGGGGGAACAGACACACGUCAGUCACAGGAAGGAAACGCCACAUUGCACAUUCUGCUGAGAAAGAGAGCAGCAAAGACAAGAAAAGAGAAGCCGCCGAGGAACAAUGGUUGAAUUCAAGUGGAUUAAAGUGUAUUUGUGUGUGAUACUGGUGCUUCGGUUUACAGCGAUAACAGAACAAAAAGAUCAGUCCGUCGUUGUCAGAGCUGGAACUAGAGUGACUUUGCCUUGUGGACUUGAGGAUCGGGAUAACUGUGAGAACACAGACUGGCUCUUUGCUAAAUUGCAGCAGACCAGUCCAGUAGAGCUGGUCAGAUCUGGCCUGCUCCAGACAUCUGCGAGUUCCAAAUCCAGACCAGAGAGGAUGCGUGUUACAGGAAACUGUUCUCUGGUUGUAAAGGAGGUCACAGCUCAGGAUGCUGGUCUAUACUGCUGCAGACAGGAUGAAGACGGGAGAAUGAAAUAUGCUGUAGUUUAUUUGUCUGUCGUCAACAUGACUGAACAGAGGAGCACUGAUGGAGUGACACUCACCUGCUCAGUGUGGGCGUAUGGAGAGAGCAGAUGCACAGUGAAGUGGCUCUUAAAGGGCGGAGACGUGGAUGAAGACAACGGCGACCUGAAGACGUCACAGUCUGGCAGCUCAGCCACCGUGAGCUUUAAAAGCUCUCAUUUCAUUUACAAGUCAGAAAACUACGAGCCACUGACAUGUCAAGUGACGGAAGGUUUCACUGAGAAACGGUUUCUCUUCAGGCCUCGGUCAUCAGCACUUGGAGACAACGAGAUGACAACAGAGUCAGAAGAUUGGUGGUGGUGGUGGUGGUGGUGGAUGCGCAUCGUUCUGGCUGUGGGCUUAGCAGCAGUCGUAAUAACUGUGGAGGCUGUACUCAGGUGGAAGAGAAGUAAAGAUGGGAACAUUCAAAGAUGAAAGAAAAGGUUUAGGAUGAUGACGAUGAUGAUGUUGAUGAAGAUGAUGAUGAUUAUGAUGAUGACGAUGAUGAAGGUGAUGCAGUGACCUACAGCGCAGUGAAAGAUUCCUCUUCCUCGGCCGGAGCCUCCUCACAUCCCAGUAGCCUCUAGGCUUCCGUCAGCGAACCCCCCCAAAAAAACAGGACACAAUAUAGUUACGUGUCAUAUCAUUACAUUGGUUUUUAAAUCUGAUGAAAAAUAAGAAAACCAAGUCAGUUUUUAUUUGCCUUCUCUGUCACACUGUAUUAACUGAUGUCUUUUAUAUAUAACGUUUAUGCUUUUACUAGUCAUUUUUAUAGAUAUUGAUGCAUAAAGGGAAAUAAAAAAAACUUGAAGCUC